GGUGAGCAAGGAGGAAGGGGCUGCCUGAGGCUGCUGAGGGAGGAGGGUUCCCCAGCGCUCGGGGGCCUGAACUGUGAACUCAGCCUCGUCCCGCUUCUCCCAUAGGUUGGCACGCAGAGGAGAAAGCCCAGCACUGAUGGGACAGACACUCUGCAAGUGGUUGCCGUCAACGCGCACGGUGUGCGUGGAGACACAGGAGGCUGCUGUCUUGAGGGAGCCUGCAUGUGUGCUCUGUGACCAAGUGGAGGAGGACUUGAGCUUCCUCGGGAACAAAGAAAAGAACUGUGGAUUUUAUUACCAUCCGUUUUGUGCGGUGAGUUCCCUCGUAGCUCCUGGCACCUUCCUCCAAGGAAUGGUUCCCUCCUUUCUGCCCUAACGAGACCAUGCUCUUUCCUCUUGUACAGUUAUUUGCCAAUGGUCUCUGUGAAUUUGUGGAAGGUAACAGCGAGGCACGCUUUUGCACAGAAGACCUGAUACGCACAGUGAGGCAGGCAGAGCAGAAGGUGAGCACCGGACCAGAACAGGGAGCUUUGUGCCAGGAGAGGCACGGCGAGCUCAGCCUGGUCCCAAGAAAGCAAUCCCGGCCCUCCCAACCAGCCCCAGGAGAAAGUCGUGCUCUUGCAGACGAGCCCAGUUCACCAGGCAGCUCUGCAGAGUGCCACCCAGCCCUGCCCGCACCCUGUGCCCUGCCCAGAGGUGCGGGGCCCGCUGCGUGGGCCCUGAGCCUGCUGCUGAUGGGGGCUGCUCUGCUCUUUCCAGCUCUGCUUCGUUUGUGGCAAUUCAGGGGCCACCAUCACCUGUGCAGAGACGGGCUGCGACCGCAGCUUCCACUUCCCCUGCACCUCAAAGGGUGACUGCAUCAACCAGUACUUUGUAGAGUUCAGGUAAGAGCUGCCAGGCGUCACCUGUGGGCCUCCAACCUCUGCUGUCAGGACCAGUCAAAGCAGUGAGGAACGCACUGUGACACCUCCCAGCAGCCUGACAGAGCCAGAGCCAAGGCCUGGGGCUCCUUCCUGUUCCUCUGCCCUCCUCGCAGCACUUCUCACCUUGCCCAUCCCUCCCAUCUUCCUCCAGGUCCUUCUGCUGGGAGCACCGCCCGCAGCAGGCAGUGGAGGCAGCGCCGACGCAGGACACGACCUGCAUCAUCUGCAUGGAGCCCGUGGGGGACAGCAGGUCGUACUGCAUCAUGGUGUGCCGAGCCUGCCAACAAGCCUGGUUCCACCAGGCCUGCAUCCAGGAACAGGCCAUGCAUGCCGGCAUUUAUUGCUUCCAGUGCCCCGUCUGCCGAGACUGGACCAGGUUUAUUCCAGACAUGCUCAUUUUGGGGAUCCGAAUCCCAUUCAGACCAAUACGGGACGACAGCAAUGCCUACGCAGCACUACCGGAGAAGGAGAGGAGCUGUGAUACCAUUGACUGCCCUUACCCACGCGGCAGGGAGCAGGCAGAGAGAGAGGGAAGACCAACAUGGGAGGACAGCAGUGCCUAUGCAGCACUACUGGAGAGGCACAGGAGCUGGAAAGCCAUUGACUGCCCAUACCCACGCGGCAGGGAGCAGGCAGAGAGAGAGGGGCUGGUGUCUUUCAGCUUUGGCCAAAGACCAACACAGGAGGACAGACAUGGCUAUGCAGCACUACCGGAGAGGCAUAGGAGCUGUGAUGCCAUUGAGUGCCUUCACCCACGCGGCAGGGAGCAGGCAGAGAGAGAGGGGCCCUGGGAGCUGCUCCUCUGCUGCUCCUGUGCUGCGCAAAGCACCCAUCGGCGCUGUUCCUAUGUGAGUCAGAGCAGAAAGACCUGGGAUUGCAACGCCUGUGCUGGAGAGGGCACCGCCUCCAGCACCCUGUCAUAUCUUGCUAGCCUCAGCACCAUCAGCCAGCAGGGACCAGGGCCAUCCCAAUGCUCUGCGACACCAGAGAGCAGCAGCUCCAACACCUUCAGCCAGGCACCAUCUGGGCCAGCUAACUGUUCCUCCGUGCCUGAGAGCAGCAUCCCGUCCAGCCAGAGCAGGACAGGCCGGAGGAGAAGCAGCCCUCGUUUACAGCGGGAUAAAAAAAGCUUUAAAGAGCCCCGAGGACACCGUGGGGGCAGCCGUAAUGCUGCCCCAAGUGCCGAGAGCAGCACCCUCAACUCUGCCAGACAGGGGACUUCGCGGACCCCGAGGCACUCCCCUGCAGCUGGCUCCAGCCGCGGGCGCAGGCAAGGACGGCGCGCCCAGACAAGAAGCAACUCUCCGUUGCAGCGCCGGGCCACGGGUUCCCCACGCCGGUGCCAAAGACGCCGUGGGACCAGCCGUAAUGCUGCCCCGACUGCCGAGAGCAGCACCCCAAACUCUGCCAGACAGGGGACUUCGCGGUCCCUGAGGCACUCCCCUGCAGCUGGCUCCAGCCGCGGGCGCAGCGCCGGGCCACAGGUUCCCCACGCCGGUGCCAAAGACGCCAUGGGAGCAGGCAGGCACCAGCCCGUAGCGCUGAGAGACGCACGAACAGACGCAGACAACGGAGAGCACCGAGGUCCUCGAGGGUUUCCGCAGCGGCUGAUGGAAGCCGGUCCAGGCAGCCAGGGAGGGCCCGGACUCGAAGCCGCUCGCCUCUUCAACGUCGGGCUGCAGAAACCCACAGCCAGCCCCAAAGACGCCGCAGGAGCCGGUCCAGGCGGCGACGACCAGCCCAGAGGCGAAGGUACACCCGAGCACCACGCUGGCAGCAGAUUAUUGACAGCUGGUUCCAAUGAUGCCAUAGGAGCAGCCGUGUACCAACUCCACAUGCCGUCUAAAGUCAUCAAAGUCCAUUCCAUCACAAUAAAACAGAGUUCCAUCAUGCCACUGUCGGUUUCAUUCUUCUCUGCCUUUCCUGAGCCACGGAGCAGGCCGGGACACGAGGCGGCCGGAGCGGACCCUGCGAAGGAGCGCUGGACGCUGCCCAGAGGGCUGAGACCGUCCACGGAGGCCUCGGGCCCCCACCCUCGCUCCGUGCCGCCCCCGGCUCUCGGCCGACUCUCCCACGAGGCCACGGGCCUUCCCGACGACGGCGGCCGCGGACCCCCACACCGAACCCCGCGCUCUCCCGCUCGCGCCGCGCCUCCGGACCGCCGGGAGGAGGGCGGUGUCGCGCGGGAGGGGCCGGGCCGGGCCCUCCGGAGCGGUGCGCAUGCGCGGCUCCCCGAGGCACGCCGGGAAACGCGGCCCGCAGCGCGGAGACCCCCGGUGCACGCUGGGAGAUGUAGUCGCGGCCCGAAGGCCGGCGCCGCCUCCGCCGCGGCCUGCCGUGCCCUCCCUGUCGCGCUCCGACGGCCGCGCGUCCUCAGGCCGGAACGCCGAGAGCAGAUGUGGCCCCGGAGAGCCGGCCCUUCCGGGGGGCCGAAAAAGAAUGCAUUUCGCCCAAACAGUGAUGCCCAAACAGAGCCAAACCUCAGCGGUUGGGCCCUGCAGCCCAGGCCAGGGACCCCCACGGCACAGAGCCGCAUUUGA